AUGAGGAAAGUGGUCUUGCUCACGGGGCGCUCGGGUCAACGGCGAUGGCUCACCCUGCGACCAGAGUGCACUGUCGACUCGGCUCGCUAUCCUCUCGGUUAUAUACCAAUGGACGGGAGCGAGUCGAUUGAUUCGGUGUAUGCGCUCUUAAAGCGGGGCCAUUUCGUUGCGCCACUGAAUCGUAUUGAGGUUAUUCACAAAGUUAGCCUGGGUGUGCGGGCAUUGUGCCGAUCAGAGUAUCCUGUACUUGCGACCCAAGAUGUCCUGACGUUGUAUCUGAGAGAAAAAGAGAUCCUUGGUCGUGUCCUUAUCCGCCGCGACUUUUGGACGCUGAUGGACUUCAAUGAUGCCGAGCUGAAUCAGAGCUUUGGUGUGCAGAAUUUGUACUUUGACAACUACAAAUGGUCUCAGGUAUUGUGGCGGCGUUUUGUGGCCUAUGUGGAGGAAUACUUUCCGGUAGCAGAGCACACCCACUUGCUUUACGGAGAGUAUGUGCAGCUCAUCCGCAGCUUCUCCUCCUUCGAACAAGGGACGUCCGUGAAGCCGGCGCUGCCGAAAGCAAUUCGGCUGCACCCGCCCUAUGGUGCUCUGAUGCCUAGCAAAUUCACUCAGGAACCGAUUUUACUCCUCAAAAGAUGGCUGCUAAACUUUCGAGGACCUCUGAUGCUGCAUAAGGCGCUUGUGGUGAAUGCAGGCUCAGGUGUGCUGGCGUUUGUCACAAAGCUGUGCCACGUGCCGAUGGUGCGCGGUGUGGACCCUCGUCCGCGUUUCGUUGAGGCCUGCCGAAAGGAUGCAGCUCGCUCGCCAAAGCUGUCGAAUGUCAGUUUUCAGGUGGCGGAGAUGUUUCCAGAUGUCACUGAUGGGAUGGAUGAGGGCCCCCGAAAGGGUAAAUACGACCUUGUUGUUUUUUACCCGGAUGAAGAAAUCGUGUCUGCUCUAUGGGAUGGAGAAAAUGACCCCUAUGCGCCAACAUCGCAGGGCUACGCUGGAAAGCUGGAGGCGUUUUUUGAAGCCGUAGGACCACACCUGGUGGAAAACGGUGUGAUUGCCCUGUGCUGUACGAAUAUUCACGCAUUGCUUUUUCCAGAUGCACCACACCCUAUCGAGUAUGAGGUGAAGCUGAAUCGGCGCUUUGUCAUCCUCGAUUAUUACGACGCUCCGGCGCGGUACUCUGGCAAGAUUCGCACAAGAUUUUUGGAGCCUGCAAUUGAAUGCCAUCCACAGUGGGCAAAAAAACUUCGGUCGGAGGUGUGGAUUUUGCAUAAAACGGAGUCUAUCGGGCACUUUGGGUUCAUUCAUGGCAUCCCUGGCGCCAAGCCACCGAAUAUGGAAAAGUGGCGGACGAAGACAAUGGGGCUGGAGCGGCAGAAGGCGCUGAAGGAUCACGUGCGGUUGAUGGGUGGAGACUGGGGCGACUACAAGGGUCGGCUCCUGAGGAUGCUGCAGGAGCAAACGGAGGAGCCGGAAGACGAUGUGGCGGAGUCAAUACGGAUCGCUCUGGAUCCAACAUACCCGGGCGUCCUUGCGGAGGGCGCGCGGAAGGCGGUCGAGGCAGGCGAGAAGGAAAAGCAAGAGUUUCACCGCUCCGUUGCGCUUGAGUUCUGCGAUUGUUCGCCGAGAGAGGCAUUUCGUAGAAGAAGCUUUUGA